AAAACGCGCGGCAUCAUGAUCGAUAUACUGUCUAUGCCGCGCCGCAACAAUGUGUCGGGCAAUGCGGCACUUCUCAAGAUGAUCAGCAAUAAGACUGGUCUUCCGAUUAACAGUCUGCCGGGAUGGGAGCUAAUUCCUCUCAACUCUAAGCUACCGAUGCUUAAGUGUCCCGGUAAUCAAGUGAUAUUUUCCAAAAACAAAAUUGGGCAAUCGUUCAAAAGCGCCAAACAGGAGUUUGAUGCAUCGGUGACUGGGGCGGCUAUUCCUGAAUACAAUCCAUUGCAUGAUGCGAAUCUGAGGACCUUCUACUCCAACGAACGUAAUCUGAAGCGUUUGAGAGAGAACGGCGAGAUCACCCAAACGAAUGAUGUGAUUUGCAAUCUGAAGGACUUCAACCAUCAUCGCCAGGAGCUGCACAAGUCCCAGCUGUACUAUGUUCUGCAAGCCUACAAGCGUCGCGAGGCAGAGCAACAUGAUCGCCUGCUGAUAGCAAAUGCCGAGGCGAUCACCAAGCGCGAUCACCUCAAUCUGGCGGGCCGUCAUCAGUGCUACGAGGAGGUUGUGGCCAGGAAGAUGCGCCUGGACAUGGAGAAGCACGAGCGCAUGGUGCAUCUGUCCAACCUUACGAUGGAGAAGAUGAAACGAUUGGAGAACCUGACCUCUAUGCAGACAAUGCUAUUGGAGCAUCGCAAGUUGCUGACAAAUAUGAGGGUGCAGGCUCACAUCAGCCUAUGCCACGAUCUGCAGAGGAAGUACCUCAUCAGGCAGAAGAAACUGUUCCAAUUCAAGAAGGAUCGCUUUAACAAGAACAUGCGUCUGCUGCAGAAGCAGCGAAUGAUGAAGAACAACGAGGGACAGAUACAGUCUUGGCAGAAGCGUCUGGACGAGCGUAUUGCCAAUCAGCAACGCCUCCACUUUCUGCUCAUGGAAGUUGAGUUAGAACGUGGGAUGUUCAUUGAGCGGCACAAGGCCAAAUACGAGUUGAAAUGGAAGCAUAUCCAGGAUCAGAUCAGGGAGCGCACCCGCCAGACGAUGCUGAAGCGUCAGCCAAAGCGCCGCAAGCGCAAGAAGCCCAAGCGCGAGAAGCCAUCGUUCUGUGAGGAGUACCAGACAACCUUUGAUGGUCUGUUGGACAGCGAACUCUGCUAUGCCCUCAAUGCGGCCAUUGCCAUGGAGGGUCAUUCGCCGCUGACCUUUGCCCCAGACGAUCCCAUCUACAAGGCGGCCCAGUACAUACUCAACCAUAUACUGAAGGGCUUCAUUGAAGAUCUCAGCGACGAUGAGUGCGCGCUAAAAGUAUUAGUUUCACGCAUUCGCGAAUUCCUCUGCGAUGCCAAGAAAUAUGUGAACUAUAAAGCUUUGCAAAUCAUUAACUUUGCCAGGGAUCAUCACAAUGCCAUAGACUUUGGGUCAGCGGCGGCAAAGUCCGGCACUCCGCAAAGGAAUCCCCGUGCAUCGCACGUUUCCUUCUGCGGUGUGGCCAGCACCAUUGGCGUGGGCAGCUACGAGAUUCAUCCGUUCGUGGAUGUACGUCCUUGUUCGGAGCGUCGGCCCACGCCGGCUGGAUCCCUGGCCUCGCUGGUGGUCAGCCAGAUUGGCGAGCAGAUGAUCCAGGACAAGGUCCGUUUGCCGCACAUGAAUCGCAACGAGAUUGUCUUCAUCGAACACUAUCUGGUGAAGUUUAAGCGCGAGCUGCUGGUCGGCCUGGACAAGACGGUCUUUGCGGCCAUUCAGUGUCACUUUGAGAACCGAACGAUGGAUGUAAGGGAGGAGUUGCUCGAGCUGGAUCGCGACUAUCUGUACGAACAAAUAGCCCGCGGCAUUCUCAGCCAUGCCGCCAAUCCACUCAACUACCUGUCGAUAAUCAAGCUGGCCGUUAGCGUCAUGGCCAGUGAGGUCAUCUGGGAUCUGCAGCAGACCAUGCUCAAGCCAGGCCUAGAUCCCCGUGGCCUCAACCAUCCUUGCGGCUGCGGCACAGAGCGGGAGCGUGAGCAAUUCGCCCUUUGCACGACGUAGAAGUGCACCUCCAUAGUGCCACCGCCAUAGUUCUAUGUUUUUGGUAAAACUAAUCUUCAUAAAUUGUCUGUUUUGUUGAUAUUGAAAGACUUACUACACGAACCGCUUACCGCGUGAAACGGCAGAGACGAAGGGUACAGUACACCAUAUUCUUAUGUAUUGGUCAAUUCGGUAUGUCUUGUUUAAAUUUUAUGUGAUAUAUUAUAUGAAACACUCACCUUA